UUAGUUCCUGACAUAAAAGAUCCCAUUGACAUCUCCAUGCUGUCCAUUGACAUGGAAAACAAGGAAAACGGAUCGCUGGACAUAGAAAACUUGGUAGAGAAUGGAAGACCUCCUGAUCCGGCUGACUGGGCAGUCACAGAUGUGGUGAAUUAUUUCAGAACAGUGGGCUUUGAAGAACAAGCAAAUGCUUUUCAACAACAGGAAAUUGAUGGAAAGUCUUUACUGUUGAUGACAAGGAACGAUGUACUCACUGGACUUUCAUUAAAAUUGGGGCCUGCACUGAAGAUCUAUGAAUAUCAUGUAAAGCCUCUGCAGACACAGCAUCUGAAGAACAGUUCACUAUAG